UGGACGCUGACGUGAGACAACCCCGAGCGUAGCACUGUGGCUGGCAAACAAAAUUUCAACUGAGCCACACUCCUCCUCGACUGAUCAACCCCUCGCUGGACUUAUCUAGAUGAACAGCGCCAACCUGUGAUGUGGCCUAAGCCCCUUCAUUCCAUCGGCCUCGGGGUGACAGCUCGAACAUUGACGGUGAAUCACACACAAGGUUCUCCUCCCAAAUCGCCACCCACAGCAUGUGCGCUCUGGAUCAACCACGGGCUGCGCAACACCCGUUUGUAGUAUCACCAGCCCCCAGAAGCCACUCCUGAGAAGGCCAGUCCGUCUCAAUACCAACACCCAGUGCAGCACCAACAAGUAGCAUACGAGCCUUACCAACCGCAGUACUCGAAUGCCACUGCCCCGCCCCAGCCCGGCGGCCCCGGGAACCCUCGGCGUCACCCGCGGCAUCGCCCUGGGAGUGCUGGCCGCCCUCGUCUUCUUGCUCCUCGCCGUUAUCGGCCUCAGCGCCGGUCUACAUGGACGCGUGUAUCGACGCGUGCGCGUCUCGAAGCAACUGCGCGGGCGCCAGCUAAGGAGUCAUCGACGGCGACCAGGGCCCCACGCACUUGUGCUGGAUGAAGACGAACCUGACAAAGUCCCAUAAGGCAAUAACUAGAGGACCGGGGGUUCGCGGUGCUUGUGCCAACAUCGGGCGGGAAGCGGGCCGAGGGCGUGCAGGUUGUUCCGAUGAAUCGAUCGUAGGUGCUAGCUGGACGGAAAAGAUGCGUGUUUUGUCUCGCUGUCCCGUAUCUCUCCGAGUUAGACACAGGAGUCGCGCUUGCUCGGUUUGGUCCGCGCUGACUUGUUGUGUCCUUGUGGGUGGUCCAUGCAGGAAGUCAACGAUCAUUCCAGCACCGUGGUUCAGCCGUGUUUGCCCUGCUACACGUCUGGGCCGCGGAUCCGUGCGCUUUCCGUCCGCGUUGGAGGUUGCGUC